AUGGCGGAACGUAUGGCCUCUUCUGAGGCCCCGACGACAGUCACAUCUGAGGAUUCCCCUCAUCCUGUGAGCUCUUUUUACUCAUCUUCUUAAAUAUUUUGACAUUUCGUUGCGUCAACUUUUCUUUUUGCAUCCUGACUUGGAUUUCCCAUUACACAUGCAGCAGUUGUACUUCUUAAAAAAUAUUCCCUAUUAUAUUUCGUACCACUUACAGAUUAUGCAGGUUUUCCGCAAUGCUUUGUUUUCCUUGAGCGAACAAUCACCGUCUUAUCCGUUGUUUGGAGAUAUGAUCACUGCGUAAUGACCUGGCCACGCAACAGAGAUACUUCUGUGUUCGUCUGUUUGCUCUUAAUUAAAGCUCGCAUUUUCUACCCGGAUUUGGGCCUCUUGAGUAACUUUUCGGGUUGGUUUCACAGGAUAUUUGCCUUGCUUUACUUGGUUCUGGCGUGAGUACGUCAGUCAUCGCGCUUUUGGAGGUCAUGUGUAGAAUUUUGUGACACGUAGCACGUGGCGCUUAAGACACGUGUCGGCACCAAUUUCUUAUCCUGAUAAAGAUAAAUUAGCAGACGCAAGUCAACAUUUAGUGUUUGAAUCGUUCCUGUUUGAGUUUUACUUGUCCCAUGCCUUAUUCCUUCUUCCUCCCGCUUUCCUUACCCAUUUCGUUUGGACUUCGUAUUUGUGCUCAGACCUGUUGGUAUCUAUUUCCUUGGUUAGUUAUCAUUUGUUUUGUAGCCGGUUUUUUAAACCACUCCCCAGGACCCACACAAUCUUGCAUAACACAGCAGAGCUUUUAAAAGUCGUAGGAUUUUCCCCCUGUCAAGUUUUCGGAACUUGCGUAUGCAAGUUGCGGCAUUUAGGGUGGCCAACUGGCUGGUUAACUCGGUUCUCCUGUAAAACAAACGCCAGGUUGCGAUGGCUCUCUCUCUCUCUUAAUUCGGCCUUUGCAGUACUUCUCACUUACCUGGGCUCCGGCCCGUUUUUUGGAUGCGUUAGCAACUUUUCUUCACACCGUCAAUCGCGCACAACGCCUGCCACUGCCAUAUGGGCGGAAGAAGAGUGGUUAGGUCGAUCUAGCCCGAAUCAAACGUCUAUUUUUCGUAAUUCGUCCUUAAAAUAUCACCAAGGACCAAUGGUUAUAGCCUAUAAGGUUUUCAAUCUAUGAGACAGUUUCGUCCUACUCGGGUCUGAGUCCGACUGCAAUGGCUCCCUCUUAUUUAAGUUUUUUGGUGAUCCUCUUUGAUGAGAAAUCUGUAACCCUCCUCAUUGAAAACUUGUUUAUGGGGGGUCGGGGACCAACAUGCGUACAGUAACCGGUCUCAUGAAAUGUUAGCCGGAUUUCGUAAAUGUGUUUUUAAUUGAGAACGAUUGCUUAUGUGGGGUUGUCAUAUUGAUUAUCAUGCGACAUAAUGUCAGAACAUUUCAGACACGCCGGGCUGGUGGCUCUUGAAUGCACUUCUUUCUCGCCACCCGGAGAAAACCGCACUCGGUAAAAAAAAUGACUACUUAAGUGGUGUGCAUUUCGAGGCCCUUAUAAAUGCGGAUAUUUUUUGUAGAAAAAGUACACAAGAAUAUCCUUUCUUGUAUUCAUUUAGUGGCCAAUCAGGUCUUCUUCAAAUUUAAUAUUAAAAGAAAAGGUACCUUUCGGUUUUAAAAACGUUCUUCAGUUCCCGAAUUAUUUUGAGCCUAGUUUGCAAUUGCAUUUACGUCCAGAGUUUUCAGUCUACAAUCUGUAUACUGUCCGUGUAGGGAAAAACACAAUCCCCUAAGCCGUUAAAAAGGUACCAUAUCAGGCUCACAGAAUUUUGCAACGCGUGUAUGAGGACCAUUACUAAACAGACAGAUACGAUGCUAUCUGAAUGGACAUUUCAGGGUCGUAAAUAAUCGCAUAAUUUGGAACUUUUUUAAACCAAUUUGAAAAAGACGUGAAAUGAAUACGAGGAAGGUUAUUUUUGUCCUUUUUUUCUACGGGAUAUACUUGCGUUUAUGACAGCUCGACCGUCGAUUUUUAUGAUGUACACCGUGUGCUCCACAAAAUAGUAAGUGAUAGGAGACUUGCGAAGAAUCUGCCGCAUUCUCCCCUCUUCUCCCACCCGGGCCCGGUGUCAUGACCGAGCCAAGAAGACCGGAAGCAGGGGAGGACGCAGGGGGCUGACACGGCGUAGAUCCGCACCUAGGUGUAUCACCACACCCACUAGCCCACAAUUAUCACUUGACCAGGAUUUUUACACAUCAAAGGUGGGUGCGGCACAACUCCCAAUCUGCGCGGCGUGAGCCUGCAACUGGGUUCGCCGCCACACCCCCAAAUGUUGGAGUUUGUUAUGGUUCACAUUCCCGAAACGCCUACUGGACUCCGAUCUAGCCCAUGUGUUGGUCCAACGCAUUUAUAAGGACAGCAUCCUGGCGUGUCUGAAAUACCACUGGAUUAUGCCGCCAAAUAAUCAGUAUUAAAAUUUCGCUUAAGUAAUCCUUUCUGAUUGAAAAUGCUUUUCAGAAUUUCAGUUAACACUUCAUGAGAUCGGUCAUUAACUAUAGGUGUGAUUUAAUCCUUACCCACACCCGCCUCCUAACUCCGUUUCGCCGUUGGAAUACUGUGUGGGAACGGGUAGUGAGAUAAAUGCUUCGAAAGUCUGUCUCACCAUGAGCAAGCCUUCGCCAUAGUCCAUUCUGCAUCCAACUGACAAUGGUGAACCUCGUCGCUUGGGACGUCGAACCAACGGCAUCAGUGCUGGCUUAAUCGGCUCCAAGAUGGGUGUAUCACAAACAGGUACCGCCUACAUGCUACGAUUGACGUCCUGAACACUGAAAAUCUUAUGGCUCAGUAUCCUCUGUCGGUCCGACCUAAGCUCAUCGACCCACUUCUUUACUUGGCGGUAGCGUCACCUGCGACAGGGGGUUUGAAUGAGCUCCUAAUCGUGUCGCUGUAGUGCGUUUCUAAAUCUUUGAGACAGUGGCUCUUUAUUGCAUCGCCAGAAGAGGACGCCUUCGAUCAGCGGUGAAAUGCAACACUCAGGAUUUGACUGAUCACUCAAGGCACCAGUCGUCGAAGCCCUCAAUCUUCCCCCAGACCAACAACGCAUUUAGGCCACGUUCCGCAGUCCUAGACUUGGACGACUUUUGUCGUCGCUUCAUGCAGUAAAAUCUUCGUCUUCGGCUGAACCUCAAGAUGGGCUCAUAGACACUUCCAGAGUCUGUAUGACGUGUUAUCCCUGGGAGUUUGUCACCUGACAUUGCCCUAUCUCCACCGAGGUUGACAGAGCACCCGAUCAACUUGAGUCCUUCCUCAUCCAAUAAAUGGGAGACUGCGGUGCAGAACCGUUGAGCAGCAUUUUUGCUUUCCCGCAGUUUAAUUUCGGGUUGAAUGUAUAAUAGACGAGGACCGCGCGGUGUCAUCGACACAACCAAGGCCCGAGACAAGUGGAUAUCGCUCUGCCUCGACGCUCUCCUGAGCAUAGAGUGCUUUUUAUAGAGCCGGAUUAAUCCCAGAGUUGAGGUGAACUUGCGGUGUCACACAACUUUGUCCGGUGUCAAUGUUGGAAGGGUACUCCCCACAUGCUUGAGCUUUUGUUGGCCUAAGUUGAUAGUGUGCCUUGAUAAGAUUUGCGGUUUUCAAAAAACGAAGAAUACGGUCAGCCUCCAUUGCCUUUUCGAGGACUAUUCAAUCGCUCUACUCAAGUGUUACAACGUGAUCAAGUGAGUUGAUACUCUUCAAAGCAACAAGCAGUCCGGGAGUACGACUCUUACUGACCGUGUUGUCUGAUAGCGCAGUGUCCUAAAGUUUUAUCCGCAGCGAUUCGGGCACGCUGCAAGUCACCCGCAAACUAAACAGUGUUGGUUGAUAUCUGGUCUUUGGUUCUGCGCUUUCUUCGACCUAGGUGCGUAACUAAGCCUCAACGAUUGCGCCACCUAAUAAGACCACUUCAUCAUUCAAGUAAGGCAUUUGAACGUCAUGGUUUUCCAACAAAGCAGGGUGGUUGCUAACGUCCUGGUGGGGACUGUUGACUGUUUCAUUGAGACGAAUCUCCUGACUAUCGAACUUUUCAGGCGGAAGGGCUUUCUUAUAACCCUUAAGGCUCAGAAUCAGUCGCGCUUUAACCAUCGUGAGCUCUGAACAAUGAUCACUGUCCGUCUCGACUCCAUCCAUUGAGCACCGUUUGAGGACCGUAAUUGUCUUGUGCUAACCAUAAGAACACAGCGACCCUGGCGUCAUCGGAAUUAAAAGUAUGGCGGUACCUAUUGUCCACCUUCGAUGAGAUAAUUGCUCAUCAGCACCAAGCAGAACUUUUCCCGCAGAUUGAUCAUAUUUGACUGCUGCUGCUUAACUGAUGAGGAAAUGACUUACCUCAUCAAUUGGAAAGCUAGUGACAGCUGUCCAAACCUUCUGUCUGGGUGACAGCUAGUUUUCUUUUUAGCUGAGGCUCCCUGAUCAUCCCUUCUCUUGGCUCAGUGUUUUUUUCUCCGUAAACAAACCAGCCACCUGGUCGUGGUGUCUGUAGAAACGUUAGUACAAAAUCUGGCAACCCAGGGGCAGGUCGAUGUGUCAACCGCUUGGAUUGAAGCUAUUGCUAGCUGAAUCCGCAGUAGUUGUCUAGAAGUGUCUUUGCUAUGAUGGCGGCUGCAACGACGUUGUGGAAAGCGGACAGAUAUCAUAAACUCGUUCGAGACACAGGGGCUGCACCCUAACUUUCAAAUGGCAAUGCAUGCUUGACGGGCCGCAUGCGCUUUAGACAUCAAGGGGGCCAUCAUUCUCCGCGGGAGGUCAGGCCGAAGGUCAAGCGACUGACACUUGAGACCUGAUUUUAUGAUGCCAGCACGAUAAACCGACAAUGUCGCUGCGGAGGAUCAGAUUAGGUUGACCAUGGUAGACUUAGGGAGAACUGCGCCGAUAUCUACCUUAAAUAGCCUUACAAUCAUCUAGAGAGAGGUUGAUAGGCUGUCAGGCUGAAUAACUGUCUCCGAAGUCCAACUAGGUUCCUCCAACGCCCCUGGAGAGCUACCAGUAUCACUGCCUGUCGCUAAGACAAUUGCCAUCAGUCAAAGUAACGCACGCGCGCACGCACGCACGCACGCACGCACGCAAACACACACACACACACACAAGCGCGCUCAGGAACACGCCAGACAAAUCCAGAAAGCCAUUUAAAGUGCUGGUCCCUUUCAUCAUACAGUUUAGUGGUCGGGAAUGGACGGUAGGUCCAGGCGGAAAGGUUUUCGGACAGUUAAUACAUCCGUGGUUUUCCGGUAGUAUGUCUUUUGACAGUUGCAGUAGGUGGCGUUUCUCGUGAAAUAUCAGUCAAAAUUCUGAAAUUUGACUACGGCUAAUUAUCUGGGGCCAUGAUAUCGAGAUAAGAUGUUUCACUUACGUCGAGGUGCUGACUUUCGAAUGAGCGUCACCUUCACAGUAGUGCAAAUUCUCUCCCUUUUAUUUUCGAUUUCUGAGCAUAUUUUACAGGACGCGGACACGAACACAUCCCCCCCCCAUGUGCUCAUCUUGUAAAAAAUUAUGUCACUAAAUUUUCUGCCCGAAGGUGGUGGGUUCUUUUCAGUUCUCGAUUAAUUUUGUAGCCGACCUGCCGUAUCACUUGCGUUUAGGGUCCCAUGCCUACAAACUUUACGCUUCCUCUUUAACGAAACCAUGUUACCAAGAAGGUACAACGCAGACAUCGUAAGAUUGUGCAACCACAAGGAGCUCUGAUAAAGGGACAGAUAAGAAGCCAUUUGGAAGGACGUUUUACGGUCUUAGAAGUUCCCAAAUUGCGAACUUAUCCAAACCGAUGGAUCCGCUUUCUUUGAGUGUGAAAUUUGAAUUAGGUGUGAUUUGUUUCAAAAUGAGUGAAAGGAGGGAUGCUUUUGUGCAUGUUGUCUAUAAACUGUUUAUGUAUUCAUUAAAAACAUCGAAAACAAAUGAGUAAACGCUUGCUACUUAGGUAUUCGUUUUUAGCGGCCUUACCCAUCCGCGAACCAACUCGGACGUCCUCAUCUCCUUUCCCCCUUCCCCCCAACUGUACAGUAGGUGUGCCACCUUAUGAAAUAUGUCUUCAAUUCGAGGUUGUCUAAGUGGGGUUGUGAUACUAAUGGUCGUGCAGCGUAAUCUUACACUUCACUUUGAUCCAACUGUGAAAAAACUCGGUGCCUCAGCGGGAUUCGAACCAACGACAGCAAGGGCAGGUUUUAGUACAGCCAACUUGACCCAAAUAUGAUUUAACUCGCGUCGUCCAGUGAGGCCUCGUAGUUCAGAUGGUUAGGGCGUUGGCUGUACUAAAGCCUCCCCUUGCUGUUGUGGGUUCGAAUCCCACCGAGGCAGCGACUUUUUCGCAGUUGGAUCAAAGUAAAUUACUUGCAAUCUGCCAGAGCGUCUCUAAUCUUACAGUAUUUCAGUCACACCAGGAUGCCGGCUUCUGAAUGAGCUUCUUUUCGGCCGUCUGCAGAAACUACGACAGCCAAAAAGGGACUAUCUGAGUAGUAUGAAUUCUUCCACUGAUUUUCAAAGCCCUUCUAAAAAUUCAAUUAUAUUUUAUAGAAAACGGGCAAAAAGUAUUAUUUAUAUAUUUAUUAUAUUAUUUAUUUAUAUUUAUUAUAUUAUUUUUAUUUUACUACUUUUUAUUAUUUAUAUUAUUAUAUUUAUUUUUUUCCGGUUUUAAAAAAUUUUCUGAUUAUGAGACCUAAGACCGUCCAAUGUUCAGCCAUAUAGCAUCGCACCAGCACACUUAUUAAUGCUACUUAGACGGUAUACAAUCUGGUCCACACUCAUUUGACAAUCUUAUGAGUGCUAUAUGAUGUCUUCCCAACAGCAUAGACAAGUAUACGAUAUUCCUUUGACGGAAUGUAUGCAGCAUUUAGUUUUGAAACCCUAAAUGCCGAUGUAACGGCAGAUGGGGCAAAAAAAUUGCUCGUGAAUUGAAAAUGUUGCCCUCUCUUCAGGUAGAAAUCUCAAAGAAGACCAAAUAAUUGAAUUUAUAAGGGCAUCGAGCAUCUAUGAAAAAAUCAUACUAAUUAUCAAGUCAUUUCUAUACAGAGUGUAGCUUUUGCAAAGAGCCGAAAAGGAGCUCGUUUAUAAGCCGACAUCCCGAUGUGACUGGAGUACUGUAGGAUUGUGCUGUACGAUCAUUAAUAUCACAAGCCUACUUACAUGAUCUUUUCGAAUCGAAGACAGUUCAGAAUUUCCGUUAACAGUUUAUGAGGCAACACAUCUACUGUAUAUCACGUUAGUCUCAUGUGUCUGAUAUUCUUGAAAGCCCAUCAUGAUAUGACUUACGCCAAGUCCUCUGCCCUUUAAAAGCACGAUUUAUGUCCUUCUUCUCUUCAGCCACUUGUUCUACGUCUGACGAAUCCCGAUUCUUCGCCCUCUUCCAGUCGUCCGCAUGUGAUUCACUGGUCGCCGGACACAGUGGACAACGAGUUUAUGGGGAAGAAAAAGUCCAAAUGUUGUUGCAUCUACGAGAAACCCCGAAACUUUGAUGAUCCAUCCUCCUCAUCCUCUUCCUCCGACGACAGUGAUGGCGAUGAUCCACGACCCAAGAAAUGUACUGAACACUGCCGCGGUCACACGCGUCACUGUUACACAAAGAAACUCGCCAAGCAGCAACACCGCGACCACGAGGAGGGAGGCUCCACUGUCGAUCCGGCAAACGCUAACAGCGGUCCACAUCCGGAACCCCUACCAAAUAACGGUCCCCCUGGCGAUCACACUCAUUCCUAG